AUGUCGAACUCCCAAGCACGCCCCACAACACCACUUACUGAAUAUGGACCCUCACUCACUCCGCCAACGGCUGAAGAAAUUAAUCUCUGCUAUUUAUCUGCAGAAUCAAAUGAGAAUAAUGCUCCUUUACGAGCAUACACAACAGAGAAUGCUAUUGUUACUACAGAAACAGGAGAAGCAGACAGUAUUUAUAGUAGUGAUUCAGUUCAUGUCUCACCAUGUGCCUUCAUUAGUGUUUAUUUGGCUCUUAUUGUCAAUGCCAUAUUAAUGUCAGCUGGAAUAAUAAUAUUGAUUUCACUAAUAAUGUAUGCCAACAAUUACAAAAGAAAGCGUAUGGCUCUAAUUACUUGGUGUAUAAUGGAAUCCGUGUUUCGUCUGUGGGCCGUUUAUAUUACAGCCAAAAAAUCUUCUGCAACUUAUACAAUGACCCACUGGCUAGGGAUAUUCUUAGGAAAAGAACAUUAUCUCCUCUUGGUCAAUUCAUUAUGGCCUGACUCUGUUCCGUUUACGUUUGAUGCGGUUGAAUGUAGAGAUUUACGAGGCGUAUCACAAUUGAUGCCCGAGAGGGUCUACCAACUCAAGAAGAUGGCGCAUCAAUUCUAA